GAGUCAUGAUACGACAAAGAGAAAGAUAAUUGACUGCACUAAUUAAGGAAUCUUGAGGCAAAUUAAAUUGAGUAAGAUGUAAGGCAUAUUCCAAGAGUGUUGUGACACAGUGCGGCCGUUGGCUUACCAGGGAUAAGUUCAGAGAAUAAAGCUAUUCAUUCUGCUGGCAGAGUGCAGACAGAGGUACUUGAGGCAAUAAGUGGGAGCGUGAAUAGAUUGCAGUGCACAGAGGCGAUAGCACAAUGCUCGAGGUGGACAAAAUUCUGGAGAAGUGCGGCGACUUUGGGCGGCUGCAGUGGCUGAUGCUGUUGCUAUUCUCGCUGAUCAACUUGCUCUCGUCCAUGCACUACUACUCCCAGACGAUCAUCAGCAUCGUGCCCAAGUAUUGGUGUGCAGAUGACCCGACAGCACCGACACCAAGCGAGUCCAGCUGCCAGCCGCUGAGCACCAACGCGAGCCACCCUGCGACGUGCCACAGCUACCGCUAUGAGCCGUACAUGGGCUACCAGAGCUUCAGCAACGAAAUGCACUGGAUUUGCCAAAAUGCAUGGAAGCUGAGCCUGGGCCAGUCCAUGUUCUUCGUGGGCUCCGUGGUGGGCACCCUGGGUUUGGGCUACCUCGCGGACAAAGUCGGUCGCUUGCCCAUCCUGAUCCUGGCCAACAUCAUCGGCAUGCUGGGCAACCUGCUGACAAUCCUCAGCAAGAACCUGGCGCUCUUCUGCGUCUUCCGAUUCAUCGCUGGACUCGCCACCGACGCCAACUUUCUGAUGAUGUACAUUCUAGUCAUGGAGUACAUGCGUCCAUCCAUGCGCACUCUGGGCCUGAGCAUCUGCAUCGGCGUCUUCUACUGCCUGGGCUCCAUGGGCGUGCCCUGGAUAGCCGUGCUCGUGGGCAACUGGCGCACCUUUCUACUUGUCACCGCGCUGCCGUUGGGCCUGGUGCCGCUCUUCUAUUUCGUGGUGCCGGAGAGCGCCCAGUGGCUGAUCUCGAAGCAGAAGUACGACAAGGCUGUGGCCUGUCUGAAGCGCGUGGCCAAGAUCAAUGGCCGCCAGAUCGAUGACAGCGUCUAUGAGCAGUUCAUCGAGGACUGCAAAAUCAGCCAGAAAAACUUGCAGACGGGCAAGCAGAAUAUGCUGGGACUCUUCAAGACGCCCCGACUGCGCCGCAACACCUUCAUACUGUUCUUUAAAUCCAUGGUCAUCACCCUGUGCUACGAUGCCGUCUCUCGCAACGUCCAAGGCCUUGGCAUUUCGCCAUUUCUGAUGUUCACACUGAGCGCCACCACAAUUCUGCCCGCCUGCCUGCUGAUCAUUGCUCUGCAAGAUCGCAUCGGACGCAAGGCAAUGACUUCCAUCACACUGCUCCUCAGUGGCAUUUUCAUCUCGGUAACGGGCAUUGUUCUCUUCGCCGCAGGCACAGCCAGCAACCAGACAACCACUGUGCUGGUGACGCUCUCGGUGAUUGGGCGCUUUGGAGUCACGGUGGCCUACAACUCGGGCGCCCAGUACGCCACGGAGCUGAUUCCGACGUGUGUGCGGGGCCAGGGCGUGGGCGCGGUGCAUGUCAUGGGCUAUGCCUUCACAUUCCUCAGUGUGUACAUAUUGGAUACGCGUUCGGUGUUCUCGCCGCUGCCGGAAAUCAUCCUCGGCGUGAUCUCGUUCCUGGGCGCUUGCCUGACGCUGCUGCUGCCGGAGACACUGAAUCGCACGCUGCCGGCCAGCCUGGAGGACGCCGAGCAGUUUGGCAUGAACGAUCACUGGUACACGUUCAGCUGCUUCGAGAAGCGCUCGCAGUCGGUGGCCAAGCUGGCGGCGCCGCGGGGCACGUCGCUGUCCAUUUCCACCGACUCGUCGGUCUAUUUCUAGGGCAGAGCGUAAG